AUGGCUAUGUGGCAGGAGGCGGGCCAGCAGCAUCAAGACAAGAUGCCACCUCCAGCUGCUUGUUUGCCCCUUUUCCCCCUACCCUUUGGCAUAGAUUUCCCGGCGCCCACGUUCCUUCAAGAUAGCUCAAUCGAAAUGGAAAACACGAGAGAUAUUCAUCAUAACACCUCGAGCUGUUGCGAGGAUCGAGAUUUGUAUGAUAUAAGUGUACAUUCCGUGCAUUCGAUUGCGUGGCUAGCCACUGUCCCUUUGACUCUUUCGAUAAUUAUCGCAGUCACUGUAGUGGGGAACGCGAUGGUGAUUGCAGCUUACUUUCGGGACAAACGCAUCAGGAAUAAUGUAGCGAACCUCCUCAUCUUAAACCUUGCAAUAACAGACUUUGUCGUCGGUGCUUUCAUCAUUUCCUUCGACACUGCCUGGAUCAUCAAGGACGUCUGGACCUAUGGAGAAGUGUUCUGCAAAAUCUGGCUAGAAGUUGAUUUCGUAGUCACCAUGAUGUCUUUGCUCACCAUGGUACUCAUCAGCUGGGAUCGUUACUGUCUCCUGACGAUGGGGAUGCGGUACAAAACAUUCCAAACGAAAAAGCGUAUCUGCGUGAUCCUUGCCAUUUCUUGGACAAUUGUUAGCCUGAUAUACACAUUCCUUGCUUUCGCAUGGAGUCCCAUUACCGGUGAAUAUAACGUAGAUUAUUCACAAAACUGUGAAAUGGAAUUUGUAUACAACCUGGUCGCAACGAUCGUCAUCAACAUUUGCGGAUUCUUCAUUCCAUUUACUAUCUUAAUUAUCCUUAACAUUGCUGUGUACAGUAACAUAAAACGAAGGUCUAGGGGUACCGUCGGCCAAAGCCCUUCAAGUUCAAUAAAUCCGUCGGCUAGGUCAUCAAAGAGAAGCGUUGGGCCUCGAUCUCCAAGGAGGGUAGACUACCGUCAUCCCGACGGUCCAUUUGGCCCAGUAGCAGAUUCACCUAGCCGCGGUGGUGAUGCUGCUGCAGCAAAUGUAACUACCGAGACUACUGACAACCUCGCAGAUGGAGAAAACCCCAUCACAAAAAAACUGUCAAAUGAAAGAGCCUCUACUUCAAAGAAAGCAAGUCGAACAUUUGCCAAGCAUCGAAAAGCAGCCUUCGUGUUAGCCAUCCUUAUCGGCUGUUUCCUGCUCUGUUGGCUACCUUACCAAGUAACAAGCGUAAUGUAUGCAGUCUGUGAUACCGAUUGCGUCUCCACUCGUUUGUGGGAGGUCACGAAUUUACUUCUUUGGUGUAACUCAACCAUUAAUCCCUUUAUCUAUGCUGCUACUAAUGUCCACUUUCGUCGGAACUUUAGGAAGUUUUUGUUGCUUGAUCGUUGGGCUUGUAACUUUAAAAAUUGUAAAAUGAAAUGUCAAAAUGCAAAUCAGAUUCAGGUUGCCACUGGAAGCCUUAAUGGCAGCACGGUUACCUAAUAUCUGCAAAACGACCGUCUUCAAUCUAGAGAGUUUCCUUGCAAACAUGUCGGAAGGCCCAGACACGAAACUUUUGUCAAUACAAUUAUCUGACUGCUGCACAUGUUGCGCCUAUGGCCCUGUCAUGCCUGUGGUGGAUAUAACAUUUUAAAAAUGAAUGCUUUGGCACCAAUGGCUCUUAUAACGUGUAUUAAGGCACAGGUAAACAAUGAUUUGACUUUUAAAAAAUGAAAGCAGCUGAAAGAUCCUACUUAUCACCUGUGUCCGUGAUAUGUUAACAAUGAAGCUAAGACAAGAAAUUGUACCCGAAAAGUCCUUCAAAAGGGUGAAAUGUAAAUUGACCGGAAACACAAUUUUUAUUUCAUGAUGAUGAUGAGAACAGCAUUUGUAUAGCGCCAUUUAUCUGCAAAAAAACAACAACGACAUUCAGAGGCGCCAGCUCUCCAAUAUGUCACACGUUAUUACAAAAGUUGCAGGAAAAGAAGGGUCUUUAUUUUAGAUUUAAAGGUCCUACUGCACUUACGGAUGUA